GUGUGGAGUUGAGAUAGCGCAAAUCCAAAUCGUUCAGUUCGUAUUUCGUUUGGUUGAGGUUCGGUCGAUUUUUUAUUGCGAUACCGUACGCACGUGCUCCGAAAGUGCUAUAGCGAAAGUUUCGCGCGUGUUUUGGUUUUUUGAAUAGUCCAAUUUAGUUUUCGAUUGCAAGUUUUGUGGGUACUUUGGAAGUAACACAAAGAGUUAUGAAGGCAGACGUGGUCAUUCUGACCCUGGUGUUUUUAUGUGGACUAUUUGUUUAUGCUGAUGGAUGUUCUUGUAUGCCACAGCAUCCGCAAGUUCAGUUUUGUAAUGCAGAUUUUGUGAUUCUGGCCCGUGUGAAGCGAGAAAAAGUACUCAGCGAUUCGAAAGUGUACAAAGUUCGAGUGAAGAAGGAAUAUAAAGUAUCCGAAAAGGGACUUUUGGCACUAAAAUCUGGCAGACUCAUUUCGGCCGCUGACGAGUCUAUGUGUGGAGUCAAACUGCAGUUGGGAAAAUUGUAUGUUCUUUCAGGCCGCAUCCACAGUCUCAAGGCGCACAUCAACCUCUGCGGAAUGAUUACGGAAUGGGAGUCUUUGACCCGCAGACAACGAAAAGGGCUCAAAUUGCUCUACAGGCACGGAUGUUCCUGCGACAUCAAGCGCUGCCCGCUCGGCAGGAGGUGCUACAGGCAGCGCGACAGCUGCAAUUGGAGAAACGACUGCGAGAUCAAGGAGGGAGUGUGUCUCCGACAGUCCAAUAAAUCUUGUAUGUGGACCAGAACUAAGGCUCUAACGCAAUGUACGAGAGAAUGGAGGCAAAAUGCCACGAAUAGCAGAGGAUAUCGAUAUAAUAAAUCCUUGUUUUACCAUUGAGCAGGGAUUGAGGACGAAAUAUUCACAGAUAAUGUUGUAUAUAUGUGUAAAUGUUAGUUGUUAAGGAUAUUUUAUGUACAAAUUGUCCAGUUUAAAUAACGGAAAUAAUUUUCCAUCAAUAUCACAAUUUCACAAUAAUUUUCAGUAACCCAUGGACAUUGAAUACAAUUUCAUAACAGAUUUCGAGAGCAUGUUGCACAUGAACAACAUGCUUGAGAAAACUGUCAGACAAUUUUUGAGCCAUGGUAUCCAGAUCGAUAUUUCUAUGUAAACAGAAUUUUUUGGUAUACUAUUCGAUUCGAUAACUCCAUUCAACUUCUCGUCAGUAUUAAAAAAAUCGAGACAUUUUGAAAUUAUUGAAUAGGAAGGCAUCAAAAUUUAUGAAUAGCAACAUAAUAGUGAGAAAAUAGCCCAUGAUAUCUGUUUUCAUUAUAAUCUUGUUUAUUAUGUUGUUCUGAUUGAUUGUGUUCCUUCAGAUGAUCUGAAACUAGAGUUGAAUUGAUAGGUUUCUACUUGAAAAUUCCGUUUUGUAAUAGGUAUCUCAGUAAUCUCCAUUUUUAUAAUUUAGAUUUAAUCUUCGAAUUGAAAGUCAUGCAUAGUUGCUCACCAUUUCUCGGUGGUCUGGAUAGAAAGUCUGUUCUAUCAGCGGAAAGUUUUCUUUUCCCAAUCUUCUCUGAAGUUGUACAAGAUGUCCGAAAACCCAUGGUUUAUCCUGAAAAUAUAUAAAUGCAAAACUCAUGGUGGAAAGUUGUUGUGUUGUGUAUUUUGUAUUUGUUAUUUAUUUUUUAGGUUUCAUUAACAUUUAUUGUCACUUAUAAUACUCUAUUGAUGAACAAAUUUGAAUUCAUAUUACUUGAUAUACGGGUUCUUGAUAUCGGGUGUUCGAAUGAGCAACAGAAAUGUUCAUGCAUUAUGCUCCUGGUUUCGACAAUUUUCAACCGAUUUCGAUUUAAUUUCCUUUCCUGAAUCCAAAAGACUAUAAUUCAUACUGAAAUAAUUAGAAAUUGUAUUAUUCGAAGGAACAAAAUGGCUGACUAUUUCAAAUAGUUUCAAAUUCUAGUCAUACACAAAAACCACUGGCAAAUAUGAAAAACUGCAACGCCUAUACCUUCUCGCGAUCUAUAAGUUGUCAUUUUGUUGAGGAUGAAGAAUAUAAAUAUCUAUUCCAUAUUCAUCGAUGAUAUUUGAUAGUCAUUCAUUAUUUAAAUUCUCACAAUUUUUUUCCAAUAAUGAAAAUAAUCACCUCUCAAAGAUUCCUCAACUACCAAUGAAAAUAUUCUCGAAACUCUCUGUGAUGAAAUACCAAAUUUCGUACAUGCACCAAACUUUUUAUGAAGAAUUUGGAAAUGGCGUCGAAAAUACGUGGAGCUAGGGGCCCUUUUUCCCCCUAUUUCUCUGUUUAUGAAAUGUUCCGCACUUCGGCCAGGAAAUAUAAAAAUAUGAUUAUAUUUACUAGAAAAUUAUACUUUUGUUCAGUUUCAAUAGCACUCACCAUAUUUGAGAUGAAUCGAUUGAGUCAGACAUCAGUAGUAGAUGUUAGAAGUGGUAUUUUUCGUCAAACCAUAAUCUUUGGGAGAGUUAUCUACGCAGUAGAAUUUCAAUAAUCGAUUCAUCGUGAAAAUGAUUAAUGCUAUCCAAACUCAACAGGAGUAGGUAGCAUUUUCAAGUAAAAUUUUUGAGAUUUCUAUAUUUCCUGGUCAAACUGCCAGAAAUUGCAUAAACAAAAGAGUUGGGAGGAGAAGUUCUCCUAGCCCUACCUAUUUCCUACGCCCCUGGCCAAAAUUUGAUGAAAAUUCUCAACAUUUCAAAUCGUGGAUUACCAGUUAGGUACAUGUACAAAAUUUUACUAUUUUAUCACAGAGGGUUUUGAAUAUAUUCACAUGACCCCAUCAUCUCGAGCGCCAUUUUAGAUGGCGUUCAACCCCCCGUAGGGCCAUCUCUGGACCCAUAUUCAUAUGAACUUUUUUAACUAUCUUUGUUUCUAGAAUCCGUGGUUGAGAUCUUCUUAUGUCAUUUCGGGCAACCCUGUAUAAGUUGCAGUGGAUUGUUGGCGAUAAUUAUAUCGUCGCGCGUUGUUUCACCUCUUUCAUGUUAUCGAAUAUCUUGAAUUUCGAUGAAUAUUCAGAAAAUGGACAGAGCUCUUAUGGAAAUACAGUUCAAGACAGUGUGAAUUUUUGACUGAAACAGGCCCAAUGGAAACUUCGAAGAAAUCAGUAUUGAACAAAUUCAUUUUUAUUUCUAUUAUUUCUUCAAUUGACUGCGACAAUUUUCAAUGUUCGCGAUCAAUAUUCCAUUGGUGUAUUCUUGAUCACAGCAAUUCCUUUCACGCAUAAUGGAUCCAAGCAGAGUAAAAUUAAUCUCGAUUCAGAAUUUUCUAUUUUUCUAUUCGCCAGCGGUUUCUGUAUAUCACUGAAGUUUGGGUUAGUCCUUCAUAUUUUUUUUCAUUCAAUUAUUGAAUCCUGGAACACUUCAUUGUGAACUAUAGUCGCUACCUUCCAAAUAAAGUCAGAAAAAUCACAACAAGUGAAUAAACUCAGGAACCAGAAGCAAAACUUCGUUUCCCAACCCGAUAGAUUUCGCUUUGCGUGAGAUAAUGAUAAGUUCGUAUUAAGAAUUAUGAUUUUGGUCUAUUUUUUUCAAACUACAUACUCACCAUACUUGAAAGUGCCAAAGUUCAAAUUGUUGUCGGGCGCGUUUUGACCAGGGUCGAUAAUUUUUUAAUAAGAAUUUUAGUAGAAUGAAACCCAUUGAAAAAAAAAGAGAAUAUAACAAAAAUGAACAAAAAAAUGAAUAACGGUCGAUCUCAGGUCGGAAAGUGGAAGGAGGUCAGCUUUUAAGGGUAAAAAACGGCCAAUCCCGAUUUCUGGCACAAGUCCUAUGAAAAAAAGUUGACUGGCAAGUUGAAGGUAGGUACUGGGAAGAUCUAUAACUGAUCAUCCCAGUACCCCAUAACCUCAAAAUCUAUGUGAAACAUUCAAAUACCUAACCAAGUUUAUGGUUUUGGAAAAUGUUUCCAUGAAAUUUUGUGAAAAUCAACCUACCCUAUUUGAUACAAUAUCGAAAAAGCACCCUAAUUUCUGCUUUUCCAAAAAAGUCGAUGGAUUUUUUGUUUGCUGAAAUCUCUACGUCUUGAUGGUGUGAAGAUAUGUACAUCAAUAGGGUAAAUAUUCUCAGAAAUUGCAAAGAAACGAAACUCGAAUCCGAAAUCAUUAUGUAGGUACCCGGUGAACAACUAAUAAGAACGGCUAUCAUAUCGAUCAUUCUUCCAACUUUGAUAGUUAAUAUCUUCCGUUGGCGAAAAGCUAUCAUGUUGCGGUUUCCGUUGGUCUGUUGAGAUUUAGUUUCUUUAUUACAUCGUGUAAUGAUAUGCAUACCAUUAGAUUUAUUCUAUCUCAAACUUGUAUCAUUAUUCGUUGCUGAGGUAUGGCCUACAGCCGUUCUUAGUUGUCCACCCUGUACAAUUGUGAGCUAUUUAUUAAAAUUAACACUAAUUACUGAAAAUGUCAAAUCCCUAAAACAUUCAGAUUGCGAAAAAAAAAUGCGGAAAUACUUGUUCCAAAUAAUAAAGAUAAGAUUUUAAGGGGAUCAUCUGAAAAAAUGUGCGGUGAGAAAAUCAAUAUUUCAAAUGAAAGAAUACUGUGUAUUUGGGAGAGGGGUCGUAGUUCUCCCCAAAAUUCGGGAGAUUUUUUUUCUGUGAUAGAUGGAAAUAAACAACCAAAAUCUUGAUUAUUAAAAUUUUUCACAUAAAUUUUGAGGUAAUGUGGAAAAAAUGUGGAUACAAUAGUUAGAGAUCUUUUUCACAACUCUUCCAUUCAACUUUUCUCCAUAGGGCUUGAAAUUUCGCCGGAAAUCGAGAUGACCCGUUUUUCACUCCUGAAAACUCACCACCUACCACUACUUGACCUCAGACUGCCCGUUAUUCAUUUUUCCACUUAUCUUUGUUAUAUUCUCUUUCUUUUUCAUUGGGUUUUAUUCUACUGUAAUUUCUUUUACUUUUUACCGUUUUCGAAGGCUUCGAUCAGCAACUGGUCUAGUAUACACGCUUCCGAUCUGGGUGGCGAUGAUUUGAUAAUCUAAUAUGAUUCAAUUAUGAUAGUGAAAUGUUCUGCAGUUGAAAAUUCUCGCACUUUUCGUGGUCAAUCAUCUGAAUGAAGAGUCAUAUAUACGAAUUGUAAGAAGUUAUUUUGUUCAAUUAUACUCAUUUUCAGAACUCCUGAAAUCUAAUAAUCUCAGUUCUCCUUCAACAAUAAGUUCACUUGGGGAUAUUGGGAGAUAACGACUACAAUUACUUCUCUGUACGCAACUGUACAACAUUCGCUAGAAAUCAGAGAUACUGACUUGCUUCUUAUUGUUGUUGCCUCAUUUUUCUACUUCAUCAUCGUAUCAGGAAACAUAAGCUAUUGGUUAUGAAGAGCGUUUAGACUGCAUUAAUAAUUCCAAGAGACAUCCAUCGAAAAUAAUAAAAAAAUAAUUUGUGAUGGGAUUACUUACCUGGAAGUUGAAAAUGGCAUUCAAAUUGUUAAUGCUUGGAACUCCACCGAAUUUCAAUGCAAGCAGUAGUCUUUUAUAAUCUUCACCAGCGUCUCUCAUGUUCUGCCUGACCUGUAAACGAAAAAGAUAUAACGGCCAGAGUUUGGUUCCAACUUUCAACAUUACGAAGAUCUCGGGGAAGGAAUAUUACAUUAUAAUGCUAAAAAGGUCAUGUUUUGCGAAUAAUUUGAGGCAUUAGCAAAGGCUAUCAAAGGCUAGCAAUGGCGAGCAUUGAAUGUAUAAUAACCCGAUAUAAGCCGAAAUAAGUAUUUUGCUGUGCUGGUAUUGACUAAUAUUGCAUAUUAUAAUUAUGCAUGUCUCCGGUAUAAGUAUAACAAUGUUUUUUUCGCGUAAGUCACUGUAUAAAUAUAUUAAACAUUCUUGAAAUAACUGUGUUAAACACGCUUAUAGUAAUUAAGCUUAUUUUUGUACCUUUUAUGAUUGAAACUAUUACGAGAUUGUACAAAUGUAUUUUAAUAACAAUUAAAUUCAAAUGAAAA